AUGAGCAAGUUAAUUUUAGUUUCACUUACAUUGGUUUGGUGUUUAUGGGGGAUUGUUGAGGGUUUCACAUAUGAUGACAAAGAGGUUGAAACAGAGGAGGGAAAAUCGGCGAUGUUUGAAAGGUGGAGGAGUCACCACAAUAUGCAGGCUAUGCGGGACAAAGACAAAAAAAAGCAGUACGAAGCGUUCAAGGCUAACCUGGAAAUUGUUCACUCGACAAACAAGGCGAAGAAGUCAUAUAAGUUACAGAUGAACAAGUUUGCCGGGAUGACUAACGCCGAGUUUAAGAGCAAGCAUACUGGAUUGAAGGCUGCUCCGAAGAUCCGGCCAGGAAAAAAGUUUGUCUCCGAGGCCGAGUGGCCUUCCAAUUUCAAGUAUCGUAAUUUCACUGAUAUCCCUCCCUCUGUUGACUGGACAGCCCAAGGUGCCGUCACCCCUGUCAAGGAUCAAGGACAAUGUGGUACGUAA